ACACUAAAACUAUGAAACUACAUUUCCCUGAAGCCUCUGCAUCAUCCAUGCGCUUCAGUCAAUCAGCUGUUGAAGCAACUACUGACUACCUCCGCGCAAGGGUAGCUCAUUUGUCAUAUCUAAACGCAGACGAGGCAAAUAGAAAUAGCCAUAUUUACAGUCCCAAAAGGUGAACGAUUAAGCUCAGCAAACCAUGCAGGAUGAUUUACUGAUGGACAAAAACAAAGCCCAACCUCAUCAGCAGCAAGAUCCAACUGUAGAACCUCCCUCCACCCCGACCCCCUCGGAACCCCCUACAUCAGAGGAGAGCCCAUCCAGUGUGAGCAACCAAGCAGCUUCAGCUCUCAACAAAGAGAAAGUGCUGAUGGAGUCUCCGAUCCUGCCGGGUUUAAAUUUUCAUCAGCCGCAGGAAACCGGUGGCACCCUGUCCCCCUCAUUUGGUAGCACUUGGUCCACUGGAACCACAAACACCGUGGACGACAAUUUUUUUCAAGGAAUACCCUCAGUGAACGGAACAAUGCUUUUCCAGAACUUCCCCCAUCACGUCAAUCCGGUAUUUGGAGGCAAUUUCUCACCUCAGCUUGGCUUGGCACAGUCUCAGCAGCAAGCCCAGCAACAGCAGCAGCCACCGCCGCAGCAACGGAGAUCCCCUGUUAGCCCCAACCAAGGUCCUUUUCCACAGAGAAACGCAUACAGUCACCAGUCUGUCAUGAAUAGCAAGGCUUCUUCACCUGCCUCAUCUUCGGGUUGGAAUAAUCACCAGAAUACCGCUUGGAGCACAGCCUCCAAUCCUUGGAGCGGUCUCCAGGCAGGCAGGGACCCGCGGAGAGCUGUAGGAGUCGGGGUUGGCGUGGGGGUCGGUGUAGGGGUACCGUCUUCCAUGAACCCCAUCUCCCCGAUGAAAAAGCCAUAUUCCAGCAAUGUUAUAGCACCCCCAAAAUUCCCGAGAGCUGGUCCCCUCACCCCGAAAUCCUGGAUGGAGGACAACGCCUUUAGGACGGACAACAGCAACAAUAUGAUGCCUUUUCAGGACCGGAAUCGGCCCUUUGAUGCAUUUAGCUUGCACUCUUUGGAGAAUUCCUUAAUGGAUAUGAUAAGGACUGACCAUGACAAAGGACGCAUGGGUCUGAACUUUCACCACCCCGGAGCAGAUCACAUCAUGCCAUUGAACACCAGGAGCUAUGGCCGCAGAAGAGGUCGCUCUUCACUCUUUCCGUUCGAGGACGGUUUCCUGGACGACGGGCACGGUGACCCCUCUCUGACCCCGGGGUUGAACUCGCCCACGCGCUGUCAAAACGGCGAGAGGAUGGAGCGCUACUCCAGGAAGGUGUUCGUCGGAGGCCUUCCCCCUGACAUAGAUGAAGAUGAGAUCACCAACAGCUUCCGUCGCUAUGGACACCUGGUGGUGGAUUGGCCCCACAAAGCCGAGAGCAAGUCCUACUUUCCACCGAAAGGCUAUGCCUUCUUGCUGUUCCAAGAGGAGGCCUCUGUCCAGGCCCUGAUUGACGCCUGCAUCGAGGAGGACGGGAAGCUUUACCUUUGUGUCUCCAGCCCCACUAUCAAGGACAAACCAGUCCAAAUCCGCCCCUGGAACCUGAGUGACAGUGACUUUGUGAUGGAUGGCUCCCAACCGCUGGACCCCCGCAAGACUAUAUUUGUGGGGGGGGUGCCCCGGCCUCUACGCGCAGUGGAACUAGCUAUGAUCAUGGACAGGCUGUAUGGGGGUGUGUGCUACGCCGGCAUUGACACUGACCCCGAGCUCAAGUACCCCAAGGGGGCGGGCCGUGUGGCCUUCUCCAAUCAGCAGAGCUACAUCGCUGCCAUCAGCGCCCGAUUUGUUCAGUUGCAGCACAACGACAUUGACAAACGGGUGGAGGUGAAGCCGUACGUCCUGGACGAUCAGAUGUGUGACGAGUGCCAGGGGGCGCGCUGUGGGGGGAAGUUUGCCCCCUUCUUCUGUGCCAACGUCACCUGCCUGCAGUACUACUGUGAGUACUGCUGGGCCAGUAUCCACUCCCGGGCGGGCCGAGAGUUCCACAAGCCACUGGUGAAGGAGGGGGGCGACCGCCCUCGACACGUGUCCUUCCGCUGGAGCUGAGGGGGUCGAGGAUAAGCCCUGCCCCGCGGCCCCACCCCCAACAGCCCCUCAACCCCCUUAACCGGGACACAGCGCUACACCCCUCACCCCCCCCUGCUCUGCACCCCCUCCCCACCACCUCAACAUCAGUGAAGAGGAUAACUACAAAUACAUGGGUCUUUCAUUUUCAAACUACACUGCUUGAUUACGAACUCAUUGUCCAGUGUACCCUUAUGAUGACAAUAGGGUGGGGGGAAAAAAAUGAAUCGCAAAAGUCUAUCUGCUUAGAAUUUGCACUUUGGCUCAAAACUCACUAAACACAUAUGGGAUGUAAGCAAAAAAACAUAUUGUGUUCAAGUCCCCUGUUCCAUGACUUGGUGGGUCAGGGUCUCCUGAUUAUACAGUUACAGUACAUAUAUAUUUAAAAAGUAUAUAUAUAUUUUUGAUUUAAAUAUAUCUAUCUAACAUUUAAAGAUAAUUAAAUUCUAUGGGAAAGGAGCAUGCACUUAUUUAAAAAAUGUUUUAGGAUAUCGCCCCUUAUAUUACCAAAGGCAAAAAUGAAAUCCAUGCAUUCAGAAAACCUAAAUAGGUGGCAUAAGAUGUAGGAAGACUAUACAUUUAUCCAGUAGUCUGGGCCAUAGAAGACCAGAUUUAAAAAAUAAAAUAAAAACAUGGCUAUAUUUGCUCUCCAUUUUGACUCUGAAAAUAGUCAAAUUAAUACCUCAUAAGACGCAAUCAGAUUUUGUUUUGCUUUUGAUUUGUAGGUCUUUAUUUUUGUUAGGACUUUAUUUUCUAGUGUUAUGUUGAUGUAAUGCUGCUGAAUAGUACUUUAUUCAGGCUAGGGUGUUAUAACAACUAUGAUGUCACCUGGUGUUAAGGAUGAUGACAGGCUAUCAUAGGGAGAGGGGCGUCCCUUACGAUGCCUAGUAUGAUGUGGGGUGGGGGAGUCGCCCCUAACUGCAUGUUCUUUUCAAUCAGGUUGCUGCAUGCAAUAGAAUUUCAGUCUCAUGUCUACUAUUCAAUUCUGCCCAUGUUUGCACAGCACCAAUAUAGAUGUACGUACAACGAGCAUGAAACUGGACUCAACAGGGAAGACAGACUGGUAAAAGUAUCCAACAUCCCCCCAGUGAGAAGUUAACAGCCACAGGGGCAGUAUGAGCAGGCUGCUUCUGCACAAGGUGGCUAACAUAACCAGAUGACGAAACCUUUAAUAUUAAACCUGAAUCCAAGUAGAUGUAGGAUAUAUCAUUUAAAACUGUCUACGAUAGGUGAAGUACUUUUUAAAAAUUUUUUUGCAGUGAUUGUUAAUAUAAUUGUGCGAUUUCUGUUAGUUUUAUACCGUACAUAGUUGGGUCUGAGUAUGCCUAUAGAACUGUGAUUUCGCUUUAAGUGUUGUAAACGUCCGACAUAGAAGUCCUGUGAAACUUCAUGAACUAGUGUAUGCACACGUGUAUAUAUACGUUCUCUCAUACACACACACACACACACACACACACACACACACACACACACACACACACACACACACACACACACACACACACACACACACACACACAUUACACAGAUGGUUCUCUUUCUCUUAAACAUACAUACAUGUACAUAUACAGACCUAGUACGCACACAACGUUUGACCCAACUACACAGAACAUGUGACACGCAGACUAAAGUGAGUUUGAAUCUGAGAAACUCAGAACUGCUGUCUGUACUGUUGACAGGGUCAUGUCCCCCAAAAAAACCAAAGAGCUCACAUAUGUUCAACUUAAACCACCAACACAUACGGAGACCACAGAUGAUACUGUGCGAAGCAUCAAGCGCUAUGCCUGUGGGUUUAAAGGUGCAAGUUAGAAACAUUUGUACUGUGGUGGUGACAAGGCAUACGAGACAGUGAUGAGAAGACAGACAGAACAUUGAAGCUACUGGAGACGUGUGGUUUAGUAAACUGAGCUCCUUCUCAGCCUGCACAUAAAGUUCUCUGGCUACGGGGGUUGUGAUAACAUUGCCAGAACAUUGUGUGCUAGCUGGGAUUUACCAUAUUUAUCCAGAUUUUCCUGCAAAGCUUGAAGUAGAAUAAUGACCUGCUAAAAUGGUGGACAUUUUUUUUGUAUUUAUCAAAAGGCUAUGGAAUGGGGUGCAGUUGAAUAGGAUGGGUGGGGUGGGAGGUAUUGGGUAAUUAAAUGCAGGACAAAUAAACUAAGUAUUGGCUGCUGGGGUUGGUUUGGGUUUGAGCGGUGGCGUUUGGGGCUAAGUUACACUGGUUUUUAGCAGUUUUGUGGACAAUCCAGUCUGGAUCCUGCAACAUUGCGAGUUGAUGUGUCGUCUCCUUUUCUGUGUGUUGCGAUUGUCCCAUGCUGGCACCCCCGCCGUCCUCUCUCGGUUUUAGUCGCAAAACGGUUUGCUUUAGGACAAACCAUUUAGUUUGUUUCUUGUAAAAGUAAACUAAUCUAAACCGAAGAUACUUUUUUAUUGAUAGAAAAGUCUACAAAAAAAAAAAGAGGCUAACCAUGAGUAAUAAAUAAUAAGUCUCCCUAUUUAAGUGAAUUCUGGGUGUUUUUGUGAGAUGUCUUUCCCCGCCCAGAAGGGUUUUCUAUGUUUGUUCCUUCUCUAUAAUAGACGUGUUAUGCACUACUCUUUGUAUCUGGACAGUUUAACAGUCAGCAAUUGUUUUUGUUGGGAGAAAAACAAAAAGUGUGCUUUCUGACUGACAUGAUCUUUUGCAAUACCUCAAUUUUGAAAUAUAUUAGGAGAGAAAUUGAUAUUUUCUAAGUUUAUUCAAAUAAAAAAUAUAUAUAUAUUAAUUUAAUUCUGCCAGAGAUGAUUUAACAGGUGGUUGAUUUUAUUUUUGUCAUGCUUAUUUGCUUUUAUUUUAAAUUUUAUUUUUUGAAAAAACAACUGAAGGAGCUAGAGCUUUAUAACUUUAAUAUAAUGACGUAGUUAGCUGAAGUACAGAGUCUACCUUAUUACAGAGGAGGUUAGAGUGAGUUUCCCACUGGUCUUAUACCCGUGGAAGCACGGUGUCACCUAGACAAACAUAACAUGAGUGGUAGUGUUCCAAGGAAAAUAUUAGUCCUAAAAAUUGUUGUUCUAUAUAAAUAAAAGUCUAUCAGGUGAACUGAAGAUACUUCCCUUAUUUUGUAUAUUUAUAAUCAGUCAUUUACUAUGCUGACCAGAAUUGUGAAAGAGAUCUUCUGUUCAUGUUAUUUUUUAAGAACUUUUUUAUGUUUCCUAAAAGUAUGCGUUUCAUUUUGUUUUGUAAAAGCAACACCCUAUUUUUUUUAGCCUGAGAUUGUUUAAAAAAAGAGACUUUAAGCAGAUGAGGUGGAGAGAAAGGAAUGUUAAAAUAUAUAUAUAUUAUUAAGAGAUACAAGUGUUUCAACUGUAACUUGUUCGAAAGCCCCCAAGGUGCAUCAAUUGACUGGUAGCCUUCUAUUCACGCAAGACUUGAAUUAGUCCCAUUUUUUUUAAGGCUAAGAACCUCGAUUCUUUGUUGUAAUGUGCAAUACUGUUUGUACUGUUUGUAAAAAAAAAAAAAAAUAUGAAAAAAGAAAGAGGCAAAUCUUUAUUGCAGAUUUAUUUUCAUUGCAAGCAUUGUGAUUCACUAAAAUCAUUUUCUACUGUGUAUUUACCUACUCUACAUGCUAGUACCUUCCAGUAGUAAUGUAGCCUUUGUACUGAGAAAUUUUUCAUUAUUUUUAGAGAUUUUUGCUAAAAAAGAAAAUAAUUUAAACAUUUACGUAUUUUUAUUUCGUAUUUUCUUUACAGACUUAUUUCUCAACCAUUAAUAGUUAUUUCUGGGUGAGACUUUCAUAUCUGGUCAAUGUCAUUAAUAUUAUUUUAUAUUUUUACUUGGAAUAAAUUCAUUUUAUGAUGCUAAUUCUUUAAAAAAAAGUUACUUUUUUCAUUUGUUCACUUUAUUUUAUUUUUGGAAGCUGAAAAACCUUUGUAAUAUUGUUACGUGUGUAGAUUUUUUAAAUGCAAAGCUUAAUGUGUUAACUCGCUGAUGUUGCUUACAUUAGUGUGACGAUGAUUUAAGGAGGGGGGGGAAGAACUAUUACGGUUGGUAUUGUUAAGCGAUUGGCAAUGUAAAACAAUUGAACGGGCAAUAAAAUGAAAAGGCAGAAUGUUGUGAUGUUGUGGAAGCUGGACAAUGCUACUUACCACUCCUACUGCUUCUGCUACUGCGGUAUAACCCCACCUUGUAUAGUCAAUAACAUUGUAUGGCCAAGAUGUCACAACACUUCCACUGAUGUGAAACAUCACAUUAAUACCUUUUUAAAACGUUAAUCAUGUUACAUGACCCUCCCUUUAGUUUCAGAUGGUGGGUAAACCCCUGUAGGAACCUGAAAAGUGGCUAUGUGCACCAGUGAGAUUGUAUUUAAGAAUGAAUGUAAAUGUUAAGAUGAACUGUAUAAUUAAGUGGAGGGUGUGACUUGUUGGAAUUUAUUCCCGAUAAUAGGAGUCAUACAUUAAAUCGUUGACAGGUUCUGUCCCCAAACCACCUAGAUUUCUUUAGUCAGUUUAGUGUGUACGAACUGGCCUUAGAUUUCAAUUUGAGCCAAGAUACACUAACAUUAUGUGGUGCGUUCUUCGGGGAUGGCAUUAACCUGAUUUUUGCCCUCAUGUCCAUAUGAAGUGUUGUGACAUCACCACUUCCUGUACUAUAGUAUUGUCAUCAAUAAGCGGAAAAAAAACACCAAUGCAAAUGCUGGUCUGAGAAUGUUACUUCUAGCUUGCCUUUUCUACCAGUUUGUACAGGUAGUGUUCUACUAAUUAACUUAAUCUCGUACUCACCCAGUGCUUUCUCCCAAGGGUCAGUAAUUACAGUUAUACCAUCAAGUAUUUAUUACAUUUUAUUUAAGCUAACACUAUACUCUGGCAAUAUUAAACUAUGUGCAACUGAAAGGGACAGUUUGGAUAAAAUGGAAAUCAUGUGUGGUGGAGGAAAUUUCAUAUACCUAUUUCAUAACGCUUCAUGAAUGUUCUCUCAGUAGGUCCUUCAUUUUGUGAUCUAAAAAAAAAGAUUUAACUUGCUCAAUAGUUUUUUUUUUCUCAGACAAAAUCAUUCAUUUUUCAAAGUAAUACUUAUUUUGUUUGAUUACUGGUUCUAUCUUGACAAGGCUUUGAAAUUGUUGACUUGGACCUAUGCUUGUCUGAAUUUGCAGUAUAACUCAUUUAAAAAAAAACAUGGAGCUCUAUGCUGCUAAUGCUUACUACUACUGCUUCAAGGUUGUAGUUCCCACCUUUUCCCUUUUUCUGUACUAAUAAGCAAGUCUUAUUAAAUAUAGUUGUAUGAC